CACUUCCCUCAGCAUCCAGCUCCAGAGCCCCUCGCAGUGUGAGCGGGCCAAUCCAAACCCAUCAACUACAGCCUGCAGGCGGGCGGGAAGAGCGGGCGGUGUAUAUACAAACCAACUCUCGAGUCUUCAGUGGGCACAGUUCAGUUGUAUGGAAGUUGUUAGGGUGAGCAGCGAGUCCAAGCGGUCCACUGUUUGCAGCGACUACACAUGGCCAACGCUUUGAUGCAACACUAACUAAAUCUUCCUGAACCAUAUCGUAUUAGAGUUUUUUUGUUGUUGUGGUUUUAUGAAUAUUACGAAUUAACUGCCGACGGACUUGAGCUUCGGUAGACACUCAUAGCUGUACAGUGUCUGCGCAGGCGUCGUCCUCAGGCUUCUGUGCGGUUACAGCCAGGACAUCAAGGAUGGACCUUCACCGACACCUCCGGUCCUUGGCGCUGCUGGUCUUCAUCCUAGCUACGUACUUCAGCACGGUUCUAGCCAGACGUCACCACCCAGUACGGCACCGCCAUGACAGACACAAGCGCCAACACGCUCAUGCCGCGUCACAGACCUACCUACCCGGAAGUUUUGUGGUAGACGGUGGCGCCGCGACGCCUGAGUCCGGCAACUGGGGACCAUGGUCCGAGCCCAGUGACUGCUCGCGCUCUUGCGGCGGUGGUGUUGCCUUCCAGACGCGCCGAUGUCGAGACGUCAGUGAUACUGGAGAGGAACUGUGUCAAGGCGGUAGCAAGAGGUAUUUCUCCUGUAACAUUCAGGAUUGCCCUGAAGUUUCAACAGACUUCCGAGCAGAGCAGUGCUCUGAAUUUAACGCAAUUCCAUUCGAAGGAAGAUAUUACAAGUGGGUGCCAUACACAAAAGCUCCAAAUAAGUGUGAACUAAACUGCAUGCCAAGAGGCGAGCGAUUCUACUACCGUCACAAAAGGAAAGUCAUUGAUGGAACAAGGUGUGAUGAAGAGAAGCUAGACAUCUGUGUUGAUGGCCAGUGUUUGCCUGUGGGCUGUGACAUGAUGUUAGGAUCUUCAGCCAGAGAAGAUAGAUGCAGGGAGUGUGGUGGAGAUGGCAGCAGUUGUAACACUGUUCGAGGGAUCCUGGAAAUGGACGAUGAUCUUCAAGUUGGCUACAAUGACAUUCUUCUCAUACCUGCUGGUGCUACAAACAUACAAGUACGAGAAGUUCAGGCCUCAAACAACUACUUAGCAAUUAGGAAUGUGACUGGUCACUAUUACUUGAAUGGGAACUGGAGAAUUGACUUCCCUCGAAGUCUCAAGUUCGCAGGCACCAUCUUCCAUUAUGAGAGAAAACCACAUGGUUUCUAUGCUCCUGAGAGUGUUUCAGCCCUUGGACCAACAACUGAGCCCAUAUAUAUUGUUCUGCUGUAUCAGGAGACUAAUCCAGGAGUGCAGUAUGAAUACAGCAUUCCUAAGGGAGUGGCACAACAAACUGACCCUGACAGCUAUUCCUGGAUAUUUGAAGAUUUUUCAGAAUGCAGUGCCACAUGUGGAGGAGGUUACCAGAUAAGAAAUGUAACAUGUGCUAGAAGAAGAGAUCUGGAGGUGGUGCCUGAUUACCUUUGUGAUCCAUCACUGGAACCUGCAAGAAAUCAGUCUUGUGGGACAGAUCCAUGCCCACCACGCUGGGCUCUGGGAGAGUGGGGGCCAUGCAGUGAGACUUGCGGUGAAGGAGGCAGCCAAAUUCGACAAGUGUACUGUGAGCAGAUUGUGACUGGUGGGCUGCCUUCUGUGGUAGGAGAGGAGCACUGUAAAGAUGAACUGGGUCCUAAGCCACCAAACACACAGUCCUGUAAUGUGGAUGUGCCAUGUCCCACAUGGCAUGUGGGACCUUGGAAACCAUGCAAUCGUCUGUGUGGUGAAGGUAUGCAGAAAAGGCAAGUGCGCUGCUUUCGGAGAGUUGAAGGGAAGAUUGAAGUACUAGGAGACUCAGCCUGUCCUGGGGAAAAGCCAGAAGAAGAAAAACCUUGUGAACUGCGGCCAUGUGAGGGAGUUGACUGGGUAGUUUCAGAUUGGUCUGGGUGUGAAGAUAAAUGUGGUUUAACUCAAGAGACUCGCAGGAUUCACUGUGCAAAUCAGAUGGGUAAGAUUUAUCCAGAUGACCGCUGUCAUUCAUAUCGACUGCCUGAACUAACCAGAGAGUGUGAGAGUCCAGUGCCUUGUGACCAUGAAUGGUUUGCAUCACAGUGGAGUGAAUGUUCUUCUCGCUGUGGUAGUGGAGUCAAAACCAGGAAGGUAUUUUGUGGCAAAUUUGAUGGAGAUACCGUGAAGAAAGUGGAUGAUGACAAGUGUGAUUUGAGGAAGAAGUACGAAGCAGAGAGCAACUGUACAGGCAAAGAAGAAUGCAAAGGGCAAUGGUAUGCUGGGCCAUGGACUGCAUGUUCAAAACCAUGUGGAGGAGGAGUUAUGUCUCGGAAAGUUCUGUGCUUCAUUGAAAACAAAACUGUUGAUGCCAACAACUGUGACCCUAGUCUAAUUCACUUCUCUUCUGAAUCCUGCAAUAAUCAUCCCUGUAGUAAAGAUCAGAUCAUGCCCAUGGAGCCAGCACAUAUUGUGAGUGAGGAAGAAGAGGAAGAAUGUGAAGAAGAGACAGAUGGGACUGUUAUCACCAUGGACACAACACUGGGACUAGACGAAUCAGGUGUGACUCCAGUGUCUGGUGCCACAGAUUCUGAAGGUUCAGGUGAACUGGACAUCUUUUCAUCAGAAGUUGUUCCAUCUGAUACUGCAUCAUCAGGUGUCACCACAGAAGUGUCUCCUUUGACAUCCAGUAGUGACUUCUCAUCUGUUAGUACAGAGUCUGGCAUCUCUGGUAGCAGCACUAGUUCCUCAGAAUCAUUUGCCACCAGUCCAUCAUCCAUUCAAGAAGCAAUCUCUUCAUUCAGUGGUUCCAGUUCUGAUGCUGCAAGCGUAUCUGACGAUGUUAUGCUCAGUGAUUCAACUGGUGUAUCCUCUGAUCAUGAGAGCACAUUUUUCAGAGCUUCUGAUAGUUCUGGUGUAACACUGAGCUCAAAUGUCUACAGUUCUACAGAUUCAGUUCCUUCUAAUAGUGAUAGCAGUGGCAGUACUUCAUCUAGUGCAAGCCUAGAUGCAUCCACUGCUAGUUCACUGCAUAACUCAGAUCCUACAGAUGUUGGAAGUUCAUCAGAAUUUUCUACUGGUAGUGAAGCAUCAAGCAGUACAGAUUCUUCAUCUGAGACAAGCUCCUCUGAUUUUUCUAGUUCACAUAAUUCAGAUGAGACUACUGAAUCCACAGAUUCCACCUCAGAAACAGUAUCAAGUUCUGUUUCUAGUAUUAGCACUUCUUCUGACAUCACCCUAGAAACAGGGUCAGGAGAUGAAGGUUCAGGCAUGACCACUGGUUUGGAUGUGGACACUGAUAUAACAAGUGUGUUUACUGGUUCAGGUAUGGGAAGUACUGAUUUUACGCAUCCUGAUAUUGGCGGAGAAGUUGACCCAAAUGCGAUAGAAGAGAAUGGUUCAGGGGACAUUAAAUAUACUAGUGCUGUUACAGACUUAUUAUCUACCACUGAAUCAGAAUCUACAGAAAGCACAUCAGAGAGUCCCCUUUCCUCAACAGAAUCCACAGUUAGUUCUAGUACGGAAGCAACAGAAAGCUCCUUAUUUACAACAGAUUCCUCUGUAUCAAGUUUUGGAAGUACCACAGAGAUCAUGGAAGAGACAGCUAGUGUUGCAACAUCAAUAUCAUCAUCAUCAGAGAGAGAAGAGACUAGAAGUACUUCAGAGUCAGUGUCAGAAGAGUACACAAGUACUACACAGUAUACUUCAUUAAUAAGCACUACUGAAGUAACAACUACAGAGGAGUACACUCCUACAGAGUUAUCAGGAGGAACGACAUUAGAAUCAGAAGAAGAUACUGAAGGGACCUCUCCAAGUCCUAUUGAAGUGGCAAUCACCAAGGAACAGAAAGUGAAAAAGUGCAAAAGGAAGAAGAAGAAGCCUAAACCAGAGGCUAUCAAAUGUGAAGACACUAAAUUUGGCUGUUGUCCUGAUGGUAGCACUGUUGCAGAAGGUCCAUUCAGCAAAGGUUGUCCUCAACCAAAAACUUGUGAGGAGACUGAAUAUGGUUGCUGUCCUGAUGGUGUAUCUCCUGCUAAAGGCCGAAAGAAAGAAGGCUGCCCUCCAACUUAUUGUGAAGAGACCUUAUUUGGCUGCUGUCCAGAUGGCAUUAGCAUAGCAGAAGGGAAUGACAAUGAGGGCUGCGAAGAAUUGCCUGUCGACUGCAAGGAUACAGAAUUUGGAUGCUGCCCAGAUGGAAUUACUGCAGCGGCGGGAGACAGUGGCAUGGGGUGUUUUGAGUGUGAAGGCUCUGCUGAUUGUGACACAUGUAAUGCAACAAAAUAUGGUUGUUGUCCAGAUGGUGUAAGAGCAGCGACAGGUCCAGAGUUAUCAGGAUGUGAAGAUCUUGAAGGUUCUGGUGAACCUCCCACAGUAGAAGAGGUGGAUUGUUCAAAUGCAACUCACGGUUGCUGCCCAGAUGGGAGAAGAGUUGCUGCUGGACCUAACUUUGAAGGAUGUGGUGUUAUCAAUGUUGAAAAUUGUACUGCAUCAUACUUUGGGUGUUGUCCAGAUGGGGUUUCUCCAGCUUUGGGUCCACGAUAUGAAGGGUGUCGCAUGCCAUGUGAGGAUGAGCAAUUUGGUUGCUGUAGUGAUCGCAUCACCCCAGCUCAUGGACCCAAUCAGGCAGGUUGCUGCCUCACGACUCGAUAUGGAUGCUGUCCUGAUAAUAUUCUCCCUGCCCAAGGACCUAAUUUGGAAGGUUGUGGCUGUCAGUACAGUGCUUAUGGCUGUUGUCCAGACAAUGCAACAGCUGCCCGUGGUCCAGAUGCAGAAGGCUGUGGAUGCCAAUACACCAAAUAUGGUUGUUGUCCAAACCGUUACACUCCUGCAGCUGGACCUGAAUUCCAAGGUUGUCCAUGCUACACAUAUCAGUUUGGUUGCUGUCCUGAUGGUGUAACUAUUGCUAGAGGUCCCUACAAUCAAGGUUGUGGCUGUGAGAACACGGAGUUUGGUUGCUGCUUGGAUGACAGGACUCCUGCCAGAGGCCCCAAUAAGGAUGGAUGUGGUUGUGAGGCUUCUAAAUAUGGUUGCUGCCCAGAUGGUGAAACAGAAGCUCAAGGAGAGAAAUUUGAAGGAUGUAAGGAAGUGCCAGUCAUGGCUGGAGAGGCAUGCAGGCAAGAUAAAGAUCGAGGCUCCUGUCGAGAUUUCAAAGUGAAAUGGUUCUUUGACAUGGAAUAUGGAGGUUGCUCUCGUUUCUGGUAUGGAGGUUGUGAAGGAAAUGAUAACAGAUUUUCAAGUCAGGAAGAAUGCAAAGGAAAGUGUGUGGAGCCUCCAGGCAGGGAUGCCUGCUUCCUGCCAAAGAUUGAAGGCCCUUGUGAGGGCUAUUAUCCACAUUGGUAUUAUGACACAGAGAGAAAACAGUGUGGUCAGUUCAUCUAUGGUGGUUGUCUAGGCAACAACAAUAGGUUUGAAACAAGAGAAGAAUGCCAAGAUGUCUGUGUAAUUCCAGACACAUUGGAUGUAUGCGAUCAGCCCAAAGCUGAAGGACCUUGCCGAGGCAACUUCUCUCGCUGGUAUUAUGACCAAGAUUUGCGCAUGUGUCAGGCGUUUACUUACGGUGGCUGCCAUGGCAAUAGAAAUAAUUUCCACACUGAAUCAGCAUGUCAACAUCAAUGUUUGCAACCUGGCAGAAGUCGAGUAAUGGAUAAUUGUGCUCUUCCCAAGGACAUGGGUCCUUGCCCAGGUGCUAUUCUUCGCUGGUACUAUGAUGCCACAGAGAAAGUUUGCAAACAAUUUAUGUAUGGGGGUUGUCAAGGCAAUGGAAACAGGUUCAAAACUGAGGUGGAGUGCAAGAACAAAUGCCACAUUUCAAGUCAUGCAAGUUUCAGAGAUUACUGUGCAUUACCAAGGGAUCAGGGAAAUUGUACAGAACGCCUACCUCGAUGGUUCUUCGAUGCUUCAGAAAACAAGUGCAUGCCAUUCUAUUACAGUGGCUGUGAAGGAAAUGAUAAUAGGUUUGAGACUCAGAAAGCAUGUGAAGCUGAUUGCCCUCCCAAAGUGGAACAAGAUUUAUGCUUACUGCCUGCUGCAUCUGGGGAGUGCCACAACUAUACAGAGCGGUGGUACUAUGACUCGUAUCAUGUGCGGUGUACACCAUUCUACUAUGGCGGCUGUGGUGGCAACCAAAACAACUUCCCCACAAUGCAAGACUGUCAGCGACGCUGUGAAAGUGGAUACAGCACGCCAGAACCUGAAGAAGAGUUCAGGGCAGAAUGGUGUUUCCUCCAUGAUGAUCAUGGGCCCUGUUCUGAGUCACUGGCCAAAUGGUUCUAUGAUAGUCGUGAUGGAGUGUGCAAGCAGUUCCUUUAUGGAGGCUGUCAAGGAAAUAAGAACCAGUUCUCAACAAGGGAAGAAUGUGAACAAAGAUGUGGUAGUGUGCAAGAUGCUUGUGAUUUGCCUCGAGUGGUGGGUCCUUGUAGUGGCAGCAUGCCGCAAUGGUAUUAUGAUCGCAGUACAGACGCCUGUUAUGAGUUCGAUUAUGGAGGUUGCCAAGGAAAUGCAAAUCGCUUCAAUGAUCGCCAGCAGUGUGAAGAGUACUGUAAAGUAAUCACAGGCAGCACUGCUGCAGCUCUGGUCCCAGAUACACUGAUUCUCACAACACAGGCACCACUGUUUAUCACGGAUAUCUGUAGUACACCUGUGGACACAGGGCCAUGUCAAGAAGAACAUGCUGCCUGGUACUACGACAGAAACACAGGUGCAUGCCAGGCCUUCAUAUAUGGUGGUUGUGGUGGAAAUGCCAACAGAUUUGAGUCUGAAGAACAAUGUGAGAGGCACUGUGGAAGUUUCAAAGGCCAGGAUGUAUGCAAUGUUCCCUAUGAAAGUGGCCCUUGCCGAGGAUAUUUCCAAAAAUGGUACUAUAAUCCUUCGGUUGGUGGUUGCCAACAAUUUUUGUAUGGAGGCUGUGGUGGCAAUGGCAAUCGCUUUAGUUCUCUGGAGGAGUGUGAAACCAUCUGUCUUCAUCGUGAAGAAUUGUUUCCUCGUGGCAAUGACACAACUUUAUCUCACCAAGCUGUAUGUCGGCUGCCUGUAGACACCGGCCCAUGUUCAGGUGGCUACUAUAAGAGGUGGUAUUUUGAUGAGGAUCGACGGACUUGCAUUCCUUUUAUCUACACUGGUUGUGCUGGAAAUCGCAACCGAUUCAAGAACUUCCAAUCUUGUCUCAAAUUUUGCUCUGUAGUCUUGCAAGAAGGGUAUGGAGAGCCCAGUGUAACUGAUGUGCGACCUAAUGAGAUUGAUGUAGACUCUGGUCCAGAGAAGCCUAGUGAAGACAAAUGCCGAGAUGCUAUAUUGAAAUGCAAAGUGUUACAUUGUCCUUAUGGUGUGGAGCGAUCUGUGGAUUCUGAUGACUGUGAGACAUGUCAAUGCCAUGAUCCUUGCAAGGAUUACUCCUGUCCUGAUGAAACGAGAUGUGCUGUUGACCUGUAUCAGAAUUCACAAACAGGAGAGACAGAGUUCAGAGGAGUCUGCAGACCAACAAACAAACCUGGACAUUGUCCCAGAUUUGCAGUCAGUGAUGGAACUUGCAUUCAGGAGUGCCAAUCAGAUGCAGAUUGUACAGGAGAUACCAAGUGCUGCUUCAGUGGCUGUGUCUCUUCUUGUUUGAACCCUGUGUUGGCUGAGCACAUAACCACAGAAGCACCACGCUUACCACCAGAGUCUUAUGGUGAACCAGGAGAUGAACCUCCAACGUUUGAGGAAACAGAAACAGAGCCUCAUGUGCGUGCUGAGGAAGGGAAUUAUGUGACAUUGCCUUGCAUAGCAAGAGGUAGACCACCUCCAACAAUCACAUGGAGGAGGGAAGGAGUUCUGAUUGAUGGUUCUGGAAGGCAUAAAUUACUGCUGGAUGGAUCUCUGCAGAUAAUUAGUUUAUAUCGUAAGGAUGCCGGUGUUUAUAUCUGCACAGCAGAUAAUGGUAUUGCACAGCCAAUACAAAGAGAAUUUCAGUUAGAUGUCACAGAGCCUAGUUCACGUCCUGCUGAGGUGAUUGGUGAAGACAAGACAUAUGUGGUGGUGACACUGGGUGCCCCAACAGUACUACAGUGCUAUGCAAUGGGCUGGCCUCCUCCAACUGUCACUUGGUGGCGUGGUGAUCGCAUGCUGCCACUAAGUUCAGAGCAGUUUGAACAGCGACGAGAUUAUUCCCUCUUGAUCCGUUCUGUAACCUUAAGAAACCUUGGUCCCUAUACAUGCCAAGCAUAUAAUGGCUACGGCAGAGCUGCAUCAUGGACUGUUACAGUUCAGGCUGUGGGUCCUGUAUACUCUGGGGAUUCUGCAUAUAAUGAAUACCUUGUUCCCCCACCAAGGAGACCUGAAACCCCUGACACAGGAGCUUCUACAGAAAGACCUUCAUAUCCUUAUCGUCCUGUUCGGCCAUCUCCCCAACCUCAGUCUAGGCCCAUCCCUACUACAAUACAACUCACAUCUCCACCAGAAAUUCCACCCCAGUCUGGCCCUGAACUUACUCCAAGAGUUUUCAUAGUUCCUGUGCAAGCCAAUGUAUCCCUCACUCGAACGGUUUAUCCCAUUGGGAGUGACAUCUCAAUUCCAUGUGAUGUUGAUGGGUACCCUAUUCCUCAAGUAGUGUGGUACAAGGAUGAACAGUUGUUGGAACCCAGUGAAAGGAUACACAUCACAGAAAACAAUCGUCUGUUGAUUGUGCGAGCGAAUGGAAGUGAUGCUGGAACAUAUAGAUGUUCAGCUUCAAAUCAAUAUGGACAUUCCUCUAGUUCGAUCUCCAUAGCAGUGGAAGGGGUAUAUAUCCAUCCAAACUGCACAGACAAUCCAUUCUUUGCCAACUGCCGCCUCAUUGUGGCCGGUCAGUACUGCACACAUAAGUACUAUGCCCGCUUUUGCUGCAAGUCAUGUACACAGGCUGGACAGCUGCCAUCCUAUGGUCCACACCUGGAGAAAUCAGGUACAGGUAUAAGCAGUAGCAGGAGGAAAUGACACUCACCACUAGUCACACCCACUGUUGAGUGGCCUAAUACUCGUUAUAGUAAAACAGACUGUUGAGACGGUGUUACGUGUUCCUGCUGCGUUUGCAUCAUUUUUCUAAAUAUAGUGAAGUAACAAUAAAUCUCAUUCCAUGUGUAAAUUGUGCUAGCAUCAAAAGCAUGACAAAAAGCAUAUUUUCUUUUAAUCUGGUUUGUAUUUUAAUUUAUAAGACUGUUGAACUUGUUACACCAAUUUUACCAGCUUCAGAAUCAUGGCAAGAGCCAUGUUUGCUUUGAACUAAGCUUUAUGUUUUAAUUUAUGUCUUGUGUACGAUACCAAGCUACAUCAAUUUUAUCUAAGUCUCAGUGUACAGCGUCAAACAGCCAACCAUCCAACCAAUCAACAAACCAAACACCCAACCAACCAACAAACGAAUCAACCAACCAAUUAACCAAUCAAUCAACCCAUACUAUUUAUAUGAUAUUUGAUGUUAUUAAUUUGUGGACAGAGAGUCCUUAAAAUAAAAUGUCUUCUACGAUGAGGUAAUUCACUUAAGUGCCUUAAUAAAUGUGUUAUAUUAAAGAUAUUGAUCACAGGCAAUGGUGCCCAAGGUGCAUAAGUAGUAUUGUAUAAUUUAAUGGGCAGUGUUAAAUAGUGUAAAUUGUAUGUCACUUUGUAUAGAUUUGUUAAAAAUACGUUUUGGGUGAAGUUUCAUAUUUACUUCUCCAUUUUCAGCCUAUUUUACAAGGAUACCAUUGAAGUAAAACAUUUGAAGACAGUUGAAACGAUUUCGUAACUAACAUGUCAGGUUUUAAUAUAACAAAGAACAAAAGGCUCAGAAGCUCAUGUGCAGCCCACCAUGUAACAACCAGUCAAAGACUUUCCAUUAAUGUACUUCUUCAGUCUCUAUACUAUAUUUUAGUCUUUUAUUUUUUGUAGUCAGAUCUUUCUGAUAUCUUAAUCGUAGUAUGCACUUGUAAUUUUGUGUGUGAAUGUUUCAAUUUAAAGAUUCAUCCAAUCGUGAUGCUCACAGAACUCCACUGCCACUUGUUUAUUCCUGUAAGACACUUCAAGUGUCAGAAAUUCUAUGUUAUUUUGUCGUGUACAUUAUUUACAAAUGAAAUUAUGAUUAAUAAUGAUAUGAGAUAGAAGUGAUGUCAUUGAAGUGCCUUUUCUUUUUUCAUACAAACAGAUUCUUAAUGUGAAAAUAAUACAUGUUAAUUUACAAGUGGAACAUGAUGUCUGUUUCCACAUAUUUUGCUAUUAGUAAUAUGUACAUACAAAAAACUAAAAAUAAAUACUUUAAUACAUAUUUA